UGAUAGUCUUAGCCGUACUGUGAAGGGGGCCGUCCCUGUUGGUGGAGAUCAGCCCGAGGAAGGCCCACCUAGUCAUCAUUUGUGGAGAUAUCACCCAUUUAGACGAUAGUUUGACUCCACUGCGUGACUGAAUCAUAAGGACAAGUCGAAGGCACUUUGAAGUAGCUCGGCCAAGAUGGACGUGUUCAUGAAGGGUUUGUCUAAAGCGAAAGAGGGCAUGGCUGUGGCUGCAGAGAAGACCAAGGAGGGAGUCGCAGUUGCAGCUGAAAAGACCAAGGAAGGAGUGAUGUUCGUAGGUAGCAAGGCCAAAGACAGCGUGGGCACAGUGGCUGAGAAGACCACUGGAGCCAUGGGGAACAUCGUUGCAGCCACAGGCCUGGUGAAGAAGGACGAGUUCCCCUCUGACAUGAACCCUGAGGAGUAUGGGCAGGAGGCCAUGGAGGGCCAGGGAGAGGCAAUGCUGGAGCCAGAAGGGGAGACAUAUGAUGAGUCCCAGGAGAGCCAGGACUACGAGCCUGAGGCGUAAGAGCAUCAGUCCCAGACACCAUCUAACCAGCAGCACAAUAAUAUUUGUAACAAUAAAACGGACAAAUGCUGAAACUAUUACAAUUACACCCCUGUUGCAAAAAAAAACAACAAAAAAGACAAGCAUUCCCACUGAAAAUGUUCUUCCUUCGAGACAAAUCUUUUAUUAUAUAUUGUAAAUGUCAUGUUAUUAAUGUAAUGUGUUGGGUGUAAGUAUUUAUUGAAGUGUAGGAUUUGUCCUCGCGGUCUCAUUUCCUUGAUUCCCUCCCAAUGAAAUGAGACCUGAGCCAGGGCUUGUGACUUUGUACUUAUGUGUAUCUGUAUUUAGACAUGUGCAAUAGAUGUUCACCAUCUUCCAGUGAGACGCUGGGAGUGGAAAAAAUAAAUAUGUCCGGUUGCAAGCAGAUAUGAAUACAAUAAUAUCCUCUUCAGUGUCGACAAUGCCUGUUUGUGUUUUCUUUUUCUCCUUUUCGUUUUUUUGUUUUUGUUUUUUUUUUGCAUUUCUUUGAAUCAAACUUAAUUUGAAAAUUUUUAAAGUAAGUAUGUUUUUUACAUUGUACCUUUACAGUUGCUUGUGAAAUCAUUCCAGUAAACUAUCCGUUAGAAAUGGACAGAGUGUACCUGUUUUUGUGUGCGUGUGUUUGUGCGUACUGAAGAUUUUAACAAGUUAAAUCAAGUCAAUAUAUUAUGUCUUGAGAUCAUAAUGGUUGUCAUAUCAAUAUGUGCUUUCAAUUGCAGGACUUGUCAGUAUAAAGGUUUAUGUGUUAAGCCAGACAUACACAUCCUCUGUAAAUAAAAAGUAAAAAAAGA